CGGAAGAGCAACUGGUGAGUCGGAGCGCAGUCUGAUGGCCGAGGAGCGGACGGAGCCUUAGAAGCAGCGACACUGAAGUACCAGAAGGGAACAAAUUCACCGCGUAGCUGUUCGGCGAAAGAGGAUCGAGAUGCCGUUAUUCGGACAGAACCCGUUUGACCAGGAUGUGGAGAAAGCAACAAGUGAAACCAACACGACAGAAGACUGGGGCCUCAUUAUGGAUAUAUGUGACCGCGUGGGAACCACUCCUAAUGGAGCAAAAGAUUGCCUGAAAUCAGUGAUGAAGAGGGUGAACCACAAGGUCCCUCACGUUGCCAUGCAGGCUCUUACUUUGCUGGGUGCUUGUGUCUCAAACAGUGGAAAGAUAUUUCACCUGGAAGUCUGCUCGCGGGACUUUGCCAGUGAGGUGCGAAGUGUGCUGACCAAGGCCCACCCGAAGGUGUGUGAGAAACUGAAGGCCCUAAUGGUCGAGUGGGCCGAUGAGUUCCAGAAGGACCCGCAGCUCAGUCUUCUCGGUGCCACCAUCAGGUCACUGAAGGAAGAAGGAGUGGUCUUCCCCACCUCGGGCUCCCCUAGCUCCUCCAGCACGAAAGUCAGCAGUUCUGCCAGCAGCAAAACCUCUGAAGAUGAAGACUUGGUCAAAGCCAUUGAGCUGUCCCUUCAGGAGCAGCAAGUAGAAACCCGGCCACUGUACCCGCCCCCCGACCCACCCUUCAACACCAAUGGUGGUGGCAAGGACUCCCGGAAGGUGCGAGCGCUCUAUGAUUUUGAGGCAGCCGAGGACAACGAGCUCACCUUCAAGGCAGGGGAGCUUAUCAUUGUCCUGGAUGACAGCGAUCCCAACUGGUGGAAAGGAGAGAACCACAGAGGAGUGGGGCUUUUCCCGUCCAACUUUGUAACCACCAACCUCAACGCCGAGCCUGAGCCCAUCACAGCUGCUGUGGUGGAGAACACAGCCUCCCCUGAAGCAAACACUGCAGAGACCAAAGCAGAACCUCAGCCUGCAUUUAUAGAUGAGGAAAAGAUGGACCGAACCCUCUACCUUCUCCAGAACACAGACCCUGCCAGCGCAGAGCCAGACUCCUCAGAGCUGCUCCAUCUGGAAGGUGCAUGUGAGCAGAUGAACCCACUGAUUGAUGAGAAACUGCAGGAGAUUGACCGGAUGCACUCGGAGCUGUCGGAGCUGAACGUCAAGGUCCUGGAAGCCCUGGAGCUGUACAACAAGCUGAUGAACGAAGCUCCUCUCUAUGCAACCUACUCCAAGCUGCAGUCCCAAGGCCCCUUCCCAGCCACGUCAGCAGGCAUCCCUGUGCAGGGGUAUCCAAACCAGGCUCCAAGUGGGGCGUACGUGGUCCCAGGGCUCCCACAAGGACCUCCAGCUCAAGCCUAUAACUUGGUGCUGGACCAGCCGGGGUCUCUGCACUCUCUGUCUUCUGUCGUCAACCCAUCUGUGGCCAGUCAGCCCACUCAGCCUGGCUUCCUCAGCGGUGUUAAUGCAGCAUACAUGAACCAAGCCGCUGGUGGUACGACUUCUUAUCAGCCACAGGUGGGCGUGGCUAUGGACAUGUCAGCCUAUCAGAACACUAAUCCCAACAUUCCCCCAGGAACUUAUCAAGUGGCAGCUCCUGCGCACAGCGGCCCCCAGCCACAGGCCACCUAUUAUCAGCAACCUCUUCUGUAGGCUGCUGCAGUAAGGUUGAUUCAGUCUUUGACUAUAAUGGCUAUGAAAACAACAGCAAGUGAGCUUGCAUGGUUUUUCUCUACCUUUCUGAUCUUUACCAUCUUGUCAAGGAUUGAUGUGAUUAUCAAAUUUCUGGUUGAAGAAAGCAACUUUUGACCAGUUUGAGAAGAUGUAGUCAUUCUGUGAGGUUAAUCACCACAGCUGGAGGAAAUUCAGUUUGAAAGGGAUAUAAGGACUUGUGGGUUAUCCAUAAGUAAGAUGUUGCCCUUCACCUUGGCUGCUUUUCACAGCUGCUAGAUUUUUUGAGAUUGUUGAGGUAGAUUCCACGUCCUGAGAUAUUCACUGCUCUCGUGUCCACUGAUGUCAAAUUUAAUUUAUAACUUGCAAAUGUUUCAUUUUUUCACUUAAGCGUAUAUAGACUGGAGGGAGGGGACGCUAUGAGGCAUUUCUGGUUCAGAUUGGCAGUGGUCAAGUGUCGGUGGUGUUUGGUGACAUUUUAUAUAUUGUGGAUGUCAUCAAAUAAAAUGAUUGGUGCUUGUUGAACAGAACGUAGGCUCUUUAAUAGUAAGUUAAUGACAAGUGUUCAUGUUAUAGUUUUGAUGAAGACAUUUACUGAUGCGCUUGUGUCCACAAAGGGAAAUGUUCUGUGUGCGUUGCAUCGAUUCCGAACAGAGGUGUAGCGCCGUUAUGGAAAAUAUUGUGACAUUGGAAGGCAGUCCAGGGAAGAAUAUGUUAGUGAUUUGUUGUGAGGUUCUCCGUAAUGUUGUGGUUUGUGUGUCAACACUGCACUUGUUCAUGCCCUGAGUUACUUGUAGUCCAUGUUAUGUACAGGUCAGCAGUGGAUAGUUUGAGCAGCAUCCUGUGUCAGCAGUUUGUACAAGCUUAAAGAACUUGCGUAAAAAUUUGCAAGCCCUUGACACUUUUUUCUUUUCUUUAUUGCCCUGUGUGACUGAGCGUUCACAUUCAGAGAAUGAACACAGUUCAUGAAAUGUUUGACAUCCUGCAUCUCUUGUUUGAAAUGCUAUCGUACAGGAUUCUCAUAAUAUGCAGAGAUGAAAAGUGUGUGCAGUGUGUGUGGAAGCUGUUCUUGCUUUAGGAUUUUAAUUCGAUAUGUCAGUGACUAACAUUUUGUAUCUGAUUAUUUCCUUUUGCUUAACUACUUUUCACAGUUCUUGUAUGUAAAGUGUAAAUUUCUUUUCCCAUUUUACGUCUUUUGUGAGUGAUCUCAUAAUAAAAGUAGAAGAAAUUAUUUAAAUUUUAUAGACUACAUUGAUUCUGAAUUUUCAGUGAGGAAGUUAAAAAUGAUAAAUAUUGAGAAUACCCUACAUGUAUGAAAACUACUUUGUUUGGAUUGGGGGUUAUGGAUGAUUAAAGGACCACAGCUAUUGAAGUUCUUUUUUUUUUGUCAUUACCUUGAGUGUUUUCUUUACUGUUUGUACAUUAGAUGUAAAAUAUCUUACACUGUUGGUAUUGCACCUUAAUUUUCUUAACAUCUCUUGCCACAGGAUGCCUUGUUUUCUUUGAUAAUGAGCAUAAAAUUGGAAACAAUAAAAUUUAAGGAAAUUCACUGUACAUAUAAAAAAAGUAUAUAUAAAAUUAUUGAUGGGACUCCAGGGAAGCUUUUGUCCAGUACUGACAUUAUCUCAUACUCAAUGUUUUAUAGCAUCAGGAUUUUCUUUACCUUGUGUUGGCAUUGUACAAAGUAAAAUGUUCUGUUCGUAACUAUCAGAGAAUACUAUAAAAAAUUUUGAAAAUAAAAAUGUCUAGCUAUGCUUAA